AUGAAGCAUUCUGCUCUUGUUGCGAUUGUCGCUGCCCUGGCCCAGUCCGCCUCGGCCCACUACAUUUUCAGCAAGCUGGUCUUGAACGGUGUGGCCUCCGAGGACUGGCAGUACAUCCGCCAGACCACUCGCCAGGAGAACUACAUGCCCACCAAGUUCUCCAACACUUUCGACAAUUUGACCCCCAAGGACAACGACUUCCGCUGCAACCUGGGCUCCUUCACCAAUGCCGCCAAGACCGAGGUCGCCGAAGUUGCUGCCGGUGAUACUAUUGCCAUGAAGCUAUUUUACGAUGCCAGCAUCGCCCAUCCUGGCCCUGGUCAAGUUUUCAUGUCCAAGGCCCCCUCCGGCAACGUCAAAGAGUACGAAGGCGACGGCGAAUGGUUCAAGAUCUGGGAACAGACGCUGUGCAACGAGAACGGCGACCUCACCAAGGACGCAUGGUGCACCUACGGCGACUCGCAGCUCGAGUUCCAGAUCCCUGAGGAUACCCCGGCUGGUGAAUACCUUGUUCGCGCAGAGCACGUCGGUCUCCACCAGUCUCAUGUGAACGAGGCCGAAUUCUUCUACAGCUGCGCUCAAGUCAAGGUCACCGGCUCCGGCAGCGGCUCGCCUACCGACACUUACAAGAUCCCUGGCCUCUACAACGACAACAUGAAGCUGUUUAACGGCGCCAACCUGUGGGUGAACACUGCCGAUGAGUUCAAGUCUUAUAUCCAGGAUACUCCUAUUGGUGAUGCUGUCUGGGGCAGCUCCAACUGA